GGCAGGAGCUAUUCCAUAUCAUUGCCAUCGCUAUGCUAUCUCUGGCUACUGGCGUCAAUGGUUGAUAUUCUACCAUUAUUGUUGGUCUAAGCUGCACCGUAGUAGGGUUUUAGUUGGUCUCCUUUUAGGUUUUGGCUAUUUGAUACCUCAAUACUUCUUGCUUUUCCCAUCUCCUUUGUUUCCAACAAGAACAACAACAACAACAUUCAUCAAUUCUCACGACAAAGUUAGUUUUAUGACCUCUUCCAAACACAGUGGUGUCAAUCAGUUUCUGUCUCACUUUUGCCAACACGCGAACUAGCAAUAGACCGGACUAUUUCCUCGAAUUCACCGCUGCUCCAACCAUAGGAAAUUCAUUUUUAAAAUUCGAUACAUUCACUCGUGGCUAAAAAUCCGCGUACAACCAGGAGUUGCAUAUUUACUGCCUAAUUCUGCUGUUAACAUCCAACGUGAUACUUGCCAAACAGUUCACAAAUUCGAAAAUAUUCUCAGUGGAUAGCUUACUUUCGGCUCCUUCAAACGAACAUAUAUACCCAACAGGAACCCCAGUGUCGUAUCAGAAUCUUCUUCUAUCUCACGUGAAACACGCCAGAAUGUCAUCAUUCCCACAGUUCAGACAACUCCCAGUCGAACUUCAACUCAAAAUAUUCUCUAUUUCUCUUCAGCCAGACAGCGUUGUACCCCGUAUUGUCAAAGUCGAUUUCGCUCCAGAAUUCCAUACAUACAGAUAUCAAUCUCAACCACCACCACUUACCCAAACAUGUCGAGCUUCUCGUGAAGUUGCUCUGAAGUGUUAUUCGAUCCUCAAUCCCUCCAUGCUAAACAAACGGGGCGCUAUAUAUUUCCAUCACGCCGUUGACAUCCUACACUAUCAUCCUCACUGCGAGCGCCACUAUGACCAUGACUCGCUUGAUACGACUGCAUUGGAUCCAGAUCUUCCAACUCAUCUCAUACGGCAUAUAAUGAUCACACAAACAUACCUAACCCUAAGAGCAAGUGAUUCCUUCACCUGUCCAAUCUUCGAGUUGAGAUAUUUCGGGAAUUUAGAAACGUUGUAUAUAGGAUUGCCAAGUCAUGCAGAACUAGAAGAACAUAGUACACGUUGGUAUACAGAACUCAUGAGACUCACCCCAGGUCACAAAGACGCGCCGCCUUCACUGCCUCAUCACCUAAUAGCUUUAUAUACACGCGAAAAACUCGAAGAGGCUUCUGGGCGCCGAGAUAUUGUACCGGGACAUACAUUAUUAUCGGGCGACAAGGAAAGCCUACGCAAGCAUCAGCUUUUAAGUUGUUUUGGGUGGCAAGAAGGUGGUAUAAGUGGUGCGUGGAUUUGUGGUGAUGGGUCCGGAAGGGGCGAUGGAAGGAUUAGGAGAGGAGAGGGAUGGCAAAGUAGAGAGUUGCCGGGAUUGAAGUAUGUAAGAGCUUGCGAAUGAAGUAGAAUUCUGGUUUGAGGUGGUGCGGGUAAUUUCUAUGGCUGGAUAUAUACGCUGGGUCGAGAUUUUCAAGGUCUGGGUGGAAAGAGAUCGAAUGGGGAUACCAUUGUCUGGUGUCGAGUAUAACAAUGAUUCCUUAAUUAAGAAGAUAAUACUAAAGAAAAUCUACUGGGACUACUAUCACGGGGGUUGCUAUGAUUCUAUGCUUUGCUUCAGAUUCAAUAACAAACAAUUAAAAUUCUACCA